CAAACUUCAAACCAAAUGUCGAGAUCCAAACCCUUGGCAUCAAGCUCAAAAAUCUUUCAAGUUCUGAUCUUCCGGGCCACUGACCCAGCCCAUUUGAACGAAAGACAAAGGGGAAGACUAGAGAGUAAGAUAGAGACGGAGGGAGGGAGGGAAAGCGUACCAUUGCGAUUGCAACUUGCGAGCACACUGAGAAAGAGGUGCCUGAUUUCGUACGAACUCUUAAAAUCGAAUCCAAUGAGCGAUCACCGCCGCCACGAUGAAAACGAAGGACUAGAAGAAGCUGCAGUGGAAACUGAUCCGACGUCACAAUCAAAGCAACAACGACAACAACUAAAAGAAGGAAGCACGCACGAAGAUGAAGAGUUGCGCAAGCUUCUGGUGCCGGAUAUUGGAGAUCUUCCUCUUAAUCCUCCUUCAGCGGUCGAAGCCAACUUCGUCUCUUACUUCGCUGCAGAUUUUAUGAAGUCAGGACACGAUCAGUAUAUUUACCGCCAUGCAAACGGCUUGUGUGUUAUUGGUUUGGCUCCUACACAUGUUGCUUUCAAGGAUGAAGGAGGAAUCACAGCUGUUGAUUUCAAUGUUGGCAAAUCUGAUAGGAGUGGCGUGAAAGUCACUGGAAAGCGAAAGAGGAAUGCACAAUCCUUUGAGUCAAAUACAGCUUUGUGUAAAGUUUGCACGAGCACUUCUUCAUAUAUUGUCAGGUGUUGCGUUAAAGGCUCUCUGUUGGAAGUGAAUGAUAGAUUAAUUAAAAAACCGGAAUUGCUUAAUUCUUCGCCUGAUAGGGAGGGAUAUGUUGCUAUCAUCAUGCCAAAGCCUGCAGAUUGGCUCAAGAUUAAGGGUUCUUUGCUGAGCAGUGAAGAAUACAAGAAAUUGAGAGGGUAAAUGCUUAACAAUUGGAAUACUUGGAAUCAUCUCUGGACUUGUACUUUAAAGAAUGCAACAAUCAAAAGCGUCUGCUGCCUCACUAAAUUGCAUGCGUGCUACUAGAAGCCCUCUACGAUUGGUGCUUGAGACAUUCCCCAUCAGGUUCAUCUUUCUACUCUUUAACGUUUCUAGUUCUCAGUCGGGGACUGAAGGAUUAGCUGGUGCUUUUGCAGUUUUGUAUCAUUAGUUAAAUUUAUUUGGCAAAAAUACAGAUUGUGCCCUGAAAUUAGAACCAAUCCUGGCUCAAACAAGA